CUGAUGUAGCAGGCUAGAAGAAGACUAUUUUUUCCCCUUUCCUUGUCCUUCGUGCUUCUUCCUUUCAUCAGCAAUUACUCUUUGAUUGUUCAAAAUAGGUUGUGGCAUCCAAGCAAUGAUACUUCGUUGUAGUUUAUCUCAAUCUUGGGUAAAUGAUGAUUUUUCUCCAUGCUUUCGGGAAAGGGUGAUAGACGGUGGAUUAUUGAUGUUAUUUUUGACAUUUGCGAUAGUCCACUUGAUCGCAAACAGUGUGGACUAUUAUCGAUCGCAUUCGUCAGCCUAUGCACCACUAUUGAAUAAAUUACCCACCGCUGUUAGUCGCUCAUACGGUACAACAGAAAUUGACAGCAGCAAUAAUGAAAAUUGUGUGGAUGGAGAUGAUACCAUUCCUUUGAAAAUUGAGAUCAAAGCUUUUCGAUGGACAUUGUAUAAUACCUCUCGAAUCAUUUUCUCCAUCAUCCAAUUGUGUAUGUUUACUUAUGCAAUUAGAAAAAUCUUCAAUGACGAUUAUACUUUAUCACCUAACGAAGGCAGCCAAUCUGAUUUAUUAUUUGCUUACAGUGUCCGAUCUGUAUUUUGGGCUUAUAAUCUAAUUAUUUCCAGCGUAAUCUUAUACCUAUCUUCGUCCUACAGCGUAUUGGCGAAUACACUAUGCCAGCAACUCAAUCUGUUAUAUUUGCUGGACUUUUUCAUUACUGUUAUUGAUAUCAGAUCCUAUUACGUCGCAGCAGUCAACCAUAGCAUCGGUUAUUGUUUAUCUAUGGUCACAAGUGGCUUUGAUUUCUUAUUAUUGAUCAUCAUCAUCAACGAGUCGCGUUGCGAACCAGUGAAACCUAUCAUAACCGAAGAUGGACGUAUCAUGUCGGGCGAGCAUUGGGCUUCUUUAUACUCAAAGUUUAUGUUCAGCUGGGUCAACGUGAUGAUGAAGGAAGGAUUUAAGCGCACAUUGGAUGAUAAGGAUUUGGUUGAAUUACCACUCAACAACCGCGCCAAGUAUACUUUGACGGAUUACAAUAACCAUAAAAGAUCAGCAAGCAUUGCGGCAACGCUUAUACGAACCUUCCGCUGGGAACUGGCUUAUCAAACAUUGUAUUGUCUGGGUUGGACAAUUUUUGUAUUUGGUCCACCUUUCUUCUUAAACAAGAUUGUCAAGUAUAUCGAAAAUCCGAUGGGAGAGCCAGUAUCUACAGCAUUUUUGUACGUGCUCGGUCUAUUUAUCACUAACUCAGCUCAAUCUUUGCUGCUCCAGCAAGGUCUCUAUAUCGGCCGUACUUUGGGCAUCCGAAUUCAGUCUAUCAUUAUCGGCGAAGUUUUUUCAAAAUCAUUGCGUCGCCGUGAUCAAAGUGGAUCUUCCAAUGCAGCUACUUCGGCAGUGGAUGAGGAAACCAAGACCGUCGACUCCAAAUCGGGUGAUGAUAAAAAGUCAGACGCCAAUGGUAACGUGAACAACUUACUAUCCGUUGAUGCACAAAAGGUUGCAGAGAUUGCUGCCUACAUCUUCUAUGUUUAUUGUUAUCCUCUGCAAAUUAUCUUCAGUAUUUGGGGGUUAUAUAAGCUUUUGGGCACAGCAGCUCUUUGGGGUGUUCUGGUUAUGCUUGCCUGCCAACCUUUUACUUACUUGUUGGGCUCACGCUUUGAGAAAUCUCAUUCCUCUGUCAUGUCGGCUACUGACAAGCGUCUCAAAUUGAUGAAUGAACUUCUCUCCGCUAUUCGUAUUGUAAAGUUCUUUGCUUGGGAAAGCGAGUUUAAAAAGCGUAUCAUCGAUGCCAGAGAUAACGAAUUACGCGCGAUUCGAUCCCGUUUGAUGACAUUUAUGUGGAUGGUGAAUUCGUGGUUCUUUAUCCCUAUUCUUAUUAUGGUCGCUACUUUCUACGUAUAUACGAAGGAGCAUAUAUUGACUGCGUCUGUUGCUUUCACAGCCUUGGCAUUAUUUAAUACUUUCCGUGGUGCUUUGGAUGAAUUGCCCCUGCUGACGUCUUAUUUAAUUCAGGCCAAUGUUUCCAUCAGACGUGUAGAAAAAUUCCUUGAUGAAGAAGAAGUGGAGCUCCCAGUUCAAAGAAAUACCCAUGCCAAUAACAACGGCGUCAUUAUCGGCUUUAUUGAUAAUGCUUCAUUCGGUUGGGAAAGUUCUUCUGCUGAUUCUGCUACUGCCAACAAACCUGCUAUCAAGGAUUUAAAUUUGAAUUUCCCUGUCAACAAGCUGUCCAUCGUUUGUGGUCCGACUGGUUCCGGAAAGACAACCUUGUUAGCCAGUUUACUCGGUGAGACACGCUGCCUUUCGGGCCAAGCAAUUUUGCCUCGUGUCAUUCCUAACAAAACCAGUCCACUAGGAGGGGCUGUCUCAGGCAUUGCUUAUGUUGCUCAAACGGCCUGGUUACAGAAUUGUAGUAUUCGCGACAAUAUUUUGUUUGGGUUACCUUUUGAUGAGGAACGCUAUCAAGCUGUUCUGUACAUGACUGCAUUGACUCGUGACUUGGAUAUCUUGGAGUUUGGUGACGCUACUGAAGUUGGAGAGAAGGGUAUUACAUUAAGUGGGGGUCAAAAGCAGCGCGUUGCUAUCGCGCGUGCUGUGUAUUCUCAAGCUUCUACUGUCAUUUUGGAUGACUGCCUAAGUGCAGUGGACGCUCAUACUGCUAAACAUUUAUACGAACACUGUUUGAUGGGUGAUUUGAUGAAGCAUCGUACUGUUAUUCUGGUAACUCAUCAUGUAGGUCUUUGUUUAUCCGGUGCCGAAUACGUUGUCGCUAUGAAGGAUGGUAAAGUAGUGGCUGCAGGUACUCCUAAACAAGUGCUAAAAUCUGGUGCUCUUGGUGAAGAAUUAGCUAAAGUUGAAGAAGCAAAAACUGUCACCGCUGAAGAAAGUGCAGUCGAGGGUCCUAUUCCUGUUGUUCCAAAAACAAUGACACAGAAGAAGAACAACGCUGACGGUAAAGGAGGUAAACUGACACAAGAUGAGGAACGUGCCCAAGGCGGCGUUUCUUGGAGUGUCUACAAGACCUACAUCAACGCAUCAGGUGGAUAUACAUUUUGGUUCGUCGUGCUCAUUCUAUUUGGUGUCGCUCAAUCUUGUGCACUGGCACAAGACUAUUGGAUCAAGGUUUGGUCAGCAGCCUAUGGCCAGAGUUACCAUGUUCAGGAAGAUGGCUCAGCCAAUUUCACUUCCAGUGAUUAUGUUCAACAGCAAUCACUGGGCUUUUAUUCCGUUCAUAACACAGCAUUCUCCAUCCUGGGUCAGAACUACUUGAAAUCAACCUUUGUUCAACCACUCAUGAACACUCUCGAAGCCGUCAAAGAUCCUUCUCAAACAGUAGAUGUAGUCUACUACCUGGGUAUCUACUUUUUGAUUGGUGUUUUAGCCUUAUUGAUGACUACUCUUCGUACUUUUAUCCUCUUUACUGGUUCUUUGAGAGCCUCUCGUCGCAUCCAUAGUGAGUUAUUAACUCGUAUCUUACGGGCUAAAGUUCGCUUCUAUGAUACUACCCCAUUAGGCCGUAUUGUCAAUCGUUUCUCAUCUGAUCUGGCUACUAUUGAUCAAGAAAUUUCUCCUUCGCUUACAUUCCUUAUUUAUUCUAUUGCAGCCACCUUGUGUGUUAUCUUACUCAUCUCAACUGUCACACCAACUUUCUUGAUCCCCGGCUCUGGCAUUGCAUUAAUGUUUGUGGCCAUUGGCGUUUAUUAUCUUCGGACGUCGCGUGACAUGAAGCGCCUGAACUCAGUGAGCCGUAGUCCUAUCUAUGUUCAAUUCAAUGAAACGGUGAACGGUGUUACGACCAUUCGUGCCUUUGGAUCUCAACUUCGUUUCAUUAAUGAAAACCAUAAGAAGAUUGACAGCAAUAACCGUCCUUUCUUGUGGAUGUGGGCUACUAACCGUUGGUUGCAUUGCCGCGUGGAUGUGCUAGGUGCCUUUGUUGGCUUCUGUACUGGCUUUGUGCUUGUCUUAUCGCGCCAUUGGAUCGAUCCUGGCUUGGCUGGGCUCUCUCUUAGCUACUCGUUAACAUUCACACAUCACGUUUUAUGGGUCGUCAGAACUUAUGCUAUGAAUGAAAUGAACAUGAAUGCUAUUGAACGUGUGCAUGAAUAUUUGGAUGUAGAAGAAGAACCUCCUGUUGACGUCCCCGCGAUGGAACCUAGUCCCACUUGGCCUGAACAAGGUUCUAUUGAAGUCAAAGAUUUGGUUAUGCAAUAUGCACCGGAAAAUCCUCCAGUGAUCAAAAAUAUAUCGUUCAAGGUCAAUUCCCGCGAAAAAGUCGGUAUUGUCGGUCGAACAGGUUCUGGUAAGUCUACCUUGGCGCUUUCUAUUUUCCGAUUCAUGGAGCCCACGAGUGGUACAAUCAAGAUUGAUGGUGUUGAUAUUCAUAAGAUCGGUUUGAAUGUCCUUCGUUCUCGUUUGACAAUUAUCCCCCAAGAUCCCGUAUUGUUCUCGGGUACGUUACGUAGUAAUUUGGAUCCUUUUGGUCAGCAUAAUGAUCUAGAGCUCUGGGCUGCCUUGAAACGGUCGCACUUGAUUGAUGAGCAGCAGCAACAGGAUCCCGAACACAGUAUUACUUUAGAUUCUGUGGUCGCUGAAAAUGGCUCGAAUUGGUCUCAAGGACAGCGUCAGUUGAUUGCUUUGGCUCGAGCUCUUGUCAAAAAGUCUUCUUUAAUUAUAUUGGAUGAAGCAACCUCGUCGGUUGAUUUUGAUACAGAUCACAAGAUUCAGCAGACUAUUCGAACAGAGUUUAAAAAUUCUGCAUUGCUUUGUAUUGCUCAUCGUAUCCGAACAGUAGCAGAUUACGACCGUAUUCUUGUAUUAGAUCAUGGUGAAGUGAAGGAGUUUGACACGCCAUACAAGUUAAUGACAAAAGAAGGCGGCAUCUUCAGUCAAAUGUGUUUGCGUUCUGGUGAAUAUAAUGAACUUUUAGCCAUUGCUAAAGCUAAAGAAAACAUGGAAUAA